GGACCCGGCCGGCCGGGUGCGAGUCGCUGUCGGGGGCCCUGGCUCGGCCCCAGGUUGGAGGAGGCACAGCCCUGCAGCGGCGGCGGCGGCGGUGCUACAGUCUGGAGGGCCCAUGCUUGUGAUUCUCGAUGGAGAGUGACAGCGUAGAAUCAUAAUGAAAACCAGCCCCUGUCGGCCACUGAUUCUCAAAAGACGGAGGCUGCCCCUACCUGUUCAGAAUGCCCCAGGUGAGACAUCAGAGGAGGAACCCAAGGGUGCCCCUGCCCAACAGGAGCCUGGUCAAGCACAGGCCUCCAAGGGCGGGGCAGAGUCCAGCUCUUGCAAGUUUCCAGCCGGGAUCAAGAUUAUGAACCACCCCACCAUGCCCAACACCCAAGUGGUGGCCAUCCCCAACAAUGCCGACAUCCAGAGCAUCAUCACGGCACUGACGGCCAAAGGAAAAGAGAGCGGGAGCAGUGGCCCCAACAAAUUCAUCCUCAUCAGCUGCGGGGGCACCCCAGCGGACCCUCCAGACACGCGGCCUCCAGCCCAAUCCGGCGGUGAUUCCAAGAGGACAGAGGUGAUCCCCGAGACGUUGGGGCCAAAGCCUGCAGCUGGGGACAUGACUCGUGCUCAGCCACCAGGAGCUGUUCGCAGGCAGCGUCGGGAGAGCUGUGCCGGCGGAGAGGCAGCAGGCUGUACUCUCAACAACAGCUUAACCAACAUCCAGUGGCUUGGAAAGAUGACUUCGGAUGGACUGGGCUCCUGCAGCAUCAAGCAAGAGGUGGAGGAAAAGGAGAAUUGUCACCUGGAGCGGAGUCAGGUUAAGGCUGAGGAGCCCUCCCGAGGAUCAACAUCAUGGCAGGACUCUGUGUCUGAACGGCCACCCUACUCUUACAUGGCCAUGAUACAGUUCGCCAUCAACAGCACUGAGAGGAAGCGCAUGACCUUGAAAGACAUCUAUACUUGGAUUGAGGACCACUUCCCCUAUUUUAAGCACAUUGCCAAGCCUGGCUGGAAGAAUUCCAUCCGUCACAACCUGUCUCUCCACGACAUGUUUGUUCGGGAGACGUCUGCCAACGGCAGGGUCUCCUUUUGGACCAUUCACCCCAGUGCCAACCGCUACUUGACGUUGGACCAGGUGUUUAAGCCACUGGACCCAGGGUCUCCACAAUCGCCCGAGCACUUGGAAUCACAGCAGCAGAAACGACCCAAUGCUGAGCUCCGCCGGAAUGUGACCAUCAAAACUGAACUCCCACUGGGCGCACGGCGGAAGAUGAAGCCACUGCUACCACGAGUCAGCUCCUACCUGGUGCCCAUCCAGUUCCCAGUGAACCAGUCACUGGUGCUGCAGCCCUCGGUGAAGGUGCCAUUGCCCCUGGCAGCUUCGCUCAUGAGCUCAGAGCUCGCCCGCCAUAGCAAGCGAGUACGCAUUGCCCCCAAGGUGCUGCUCGCGGAUGAGGAGGUCGCCCCUGCGGCCGCUGCAGGGCCCCUGAAAGAGGAGAAGGAGCUGCUUGGGGAAGGGUUGUCUCCCUUGCUCCCCGUUCAGUCCAUCAAGGAGGAGGAGAUCCAGCCAGGGGAGGAGGCCCCUCACUUGGCGAGGCCCAUCAAAGUGGAGAGCCCGCCCUUGGAGGAGUGGCCCUCCUCGUCCCCGUCUUUCAAAGAGGAGUCAUCUCACUCCUGGGAGGAUUCGUCCCACUCUCCCACCCCGAGGCCCAAGAAGGCCUACGGCGAGCUCCAGUCCCCAGGCCGGAGUGUCUCGGAAAUGCUCGUGAUUAAACGGAGGGAGCGGAGGGAGAUGAGCCGGUCUCGAAGGAAACAGCACCUGCUGCCCCCCUGUGUGGACGAGCCCGAGCUGCUCUUCUCCGAGGGCCCCAGCACUUGGCGGCGAGCCGAGCUCCCCUUCCUGGCGGAGUCCUCGGAGCCCGCCUCCCAGGAGGAGGCGGGGCCUUUCAAGACCCCCAUUAAGGAGACACUGCCCAUCUCGUCCACCCCAAGCAAAUCUGUCCUCCCCAGAACCCCCGAGUCCUGGAGGCUCACACCCCCAGCCAGGGUUGGGGAGCUGGAGUUCAGCCCUGUACGAACCCCCCAGGGCGCCUUUGGCCCCCUGCCCGACUCCCUGGGGCUGAUGGAGCUGAGCACCACCCCGCUGAAAAGCGUUCCUCUCUUUGACUCACCCCGGGAGCUCCUCAAUUCAGAACCCUUUGACCUGGCUGCUGACCCCUUUGGCCACUCUCCCCGCUCAGAAAUGGAAGCCCCCAAACCGGGCUCCCCAGAGCUGCAGGUUCCCAGCCUUUCAGCCAAUCGGUCUCUAACGGAAGGCCUGGUCUUGGACACGAUGAAUGAGAGCCUCAGCAAGAUCCUGCUGGACAUCAGCUUCCCUGGCCUGGAGGAGGACCCACUGGGCCCUGACAACAUCAACUGGUCUCAGUUCAUCCCCGAGCUGCGGUAGAGACCUGACUGUGCCCUGGCCCCUCAAGCUGCCCACCGCUGGAGGCACUCCUGUGAUAGGGAGACCCAAGGCUUAGUGCUCGCCAAACCCUCUGAGCAAGGACAGCAGGUGGGGCUCGAUCUGCUCGGCUCCACCUGGCCUGAUUCGGCCACGGCGACAGUCACGCCUUAGCCGCUGCUGCUGAGACCUCUGCCAGCAGUCAGGCCUUGGGAGCUGCCCUCCGAGCCGCUCCACUCGUGCGCCCCAGGAGCAUCUGACUCCUGUCCUCUCCCUGCCAGGAGCAGAAGGGUGGGAAGGACGCCACAGCCACUCCCAUCCUGUGCCCAGCAGUCUCGCCUUUUCUGCUCCUCACAGGGUGGCCACUGUGAAUAGUGUCAGUUCUCCAAAUCAUCCUCUAAUUAUAGACGUGGGCUUAUUUCCUUAGACCACUGUGUAGAGACUGCCAGGAGAAGGGCGGAGGAAGACAAGGGUUUUCAGUUUGCUUCUGUUCCAUGCUUUUGGUUGCUAGAGAAGGGAGGAUGUGCAGUGCACGGUUUCUUCCAGGCCCAGGGUACCUGACUCCAGGCUUCGUCACCAUAGGCGCCCAGACAAGCAGACCUGCCUGCUGGGGGCCCUCUUCCUGCCCCUCCCUCCCACCUCCCCGUGUUUCCAAGUCAGCUUUCCUGCAAGAAGCAAUCCUGGUUAAAAAGGUCUUUUGCGAUGGUUUUGGAGUUGAAUUUUAGGUGGGGGAAUGGAGGCAUCUGAGCAAAGGGUGUGGGUACCCAGAUGAGCCCCCAUGAGAUGUUUCUCUGAUAAUGUCCCUAAUCAUGCCAGGGAGAUGAGCAUUGACCAGAACUUGGGCAGAGGGCGUAAGAAGGCUGAGAGAGCCCCUAACGUGCCUGGCUUCCUUAGCUCGCACCUCAGCUUCGCAAAGAGCCACCCUGGGCCCCAGCUGACUGCAUGGAUGUGAGCCAGCUCAAGAACACUACUGUACCUACCUACUCAAUAAAACCCAGGCUGCAGA